AUGAAGGAGAAAUCCAAGAACGCAGCAAAGACGCGGCGAGAGAAGGAGAACGGAGAGCUGUAUGAGCUCGCGAAACUGCUGCCGCUGCCCGCCGCCAUCACCUCUCAGCUGGACAAGGCCUCCAUCAUCCGCCUGAGCAGCAGCUACCUCCGCAUCCGAGCGCUCUUCCCGCACGGUACUCGGGAUGGACGCACUCCCCCGGCGCGCUGCAGCUCUUUGGACAGCGUGGCCAAAGAACUGGGCUCACACCUUUUACAGACUCUGGACGGCUUCGUGUUCGUGGUGGCCUCAGAUGGUAAAAUCCUGUACAUUUCAGAGACCGCCUCCGUGCACCUCGGCCUGUCACAGGUGGAGCUGACAGGAAACAGCAUCUUUGAGUAUAUCCACCCCUCAGACCACGAGGAGAUGGGCACAGUGCUGGGCCUACCCCUGCUGCAGCCUCUGUGCACAGAGUUUGAAAUGGAGUGCUCCUUCUUCUUGCGGAUGAAGUGCGUCCUCGCCAAACGGAAUGCUGGUCUGACCUGUGGAGGGUACAAGGUGAUUCACUGCAGCGGGUACCUGAAGGCAUGCCAGUUCUCCCGGGACACGUCUCUCUGUGGGGAUGUGUCCCGGUGGCGUGCGGUGGCUCUGCUAGCCGUAGGACACUCGCUGCCCCCCAGUGCUGUCACGGAGAUCCCCCUGCACACCAACAUGUUCAUGUUCAGAGCUGGACUGGACUUUAGGCUCAUGUUUCUGGACUCAAGGGUGUCUGCACUGACAGGGUUCCAACCAGAGGACCUCCUGGAUCGGAGCCUGUACGAGCUGGUGCACCUGGCGGAUGUGCUGCCCCUGCGCCACACACACCAACUGUUGUUGCUUAAGGGUCAGGUGACCAGCAAGUACUACAGGCUGCUGUCCAAGAGCGGGGGCUGGGUCUGGGUCCAGAGCUACGCCACUAUCGUACAGAACAGCCGCACAUCCAGACCACACAGUGUUGUCAGCAUUCAGUAUGUCCUCAGUGAGCCGGAAUCCAGAGAGCUCAGGCUCUCCACUGACCAGAGUCUUGCCCCCCAGCACCACAGCACACCGGUCAAGAGGACAGUGUCCAAGAGGGACAAAGAGAAGACCCGCCUUCAGCAGUGCAGUGUCCCCGGUUCUUCAGUAAUAAGCAGACAAAGACGUGUCCACUCUGGUCCCCUGGUGUACCGGCCUCUGUCCAGCUUGUCCCCACCCCACACUGAGCGGACCCCCUGGGAUUCAUGGGGCCCUGCCUCUACUCUGAACCAGCUCCACUGGAGGAACAGCUCUCCCAUCCACAGCACAGGCCCUGUGAUGGACCCCAGCAGCAGACUGAAGAGAGAGGCCCCUGAGCACUGGCCAUUGCUCCCUAGGACUGAGCACCUCACAGCAGCUCAGAGAGGGGCCAUCCGCGGACACGCUCAAGUGGACCUGUUCAGAGAGACCACCAACAGCCUACAGACUACAUCACCAAACCUCGACUAA